AUGGUCCAAUUAGAUCGUUUUGAUAUUCUGUUCAAUAACUCAGAAGAGGCCUACUUCGCCGGACAAGAAAUCUCCGGAAAGGUUAUUAUCGACAAUAAAGAACCAAAGAAGGUCAAUGAAAUAUUAUUGGAGUUGAAAGGAAGAGCGAGAACGUAUUGGACGAAGCAUUCAGGAAAAUCUCGAAAACACUGCUCACACUCGGAGCCCUAUUUUCUCGAGCAAUUCAACACGGGAUACACGCAUAAAUUUACUGUCACGAAAGAUGGCAAAGAGAAGGAGCGAAUUCUACCCGCCGGAAUUCAUGAGGUCCCAUUUUCGUACACUCUUCCAAAAUCACUGCCAACGUCAUUUGAAGGCGAAUUUGGGCACAUUCGAUACACAUGCAAAGCGAUUUGCGAACGACCUUGGGAUUUUGAUAUAGUCAGUCGAAAAGCAUUCACAGUGAUUGGAAUCGAAGACAUCAAUUCGGAUCCGAAACUGAAUGAGCCGGUCACAACUUGCGAAUCCAAUCAUGCCGUCACAUUCUGCUGUAGAUCUUCUGGAAGUAUCACCGGUGAACUCAAAAUUCCCAAAAUUGGCUACACACCUGGAGAGAAGAUCGAUGUCUCCUACAAAGUUGCCAAUAAUAGCUCGAAAUCUCGCGAAUUGAGUUUACGCUUCGUUCAAAUGACGACAUAUCGAGCCAAGACAUUUGCUGGUCAUGAGCACGUUAAGACGGUGGUGCGGGUUAUUAGCAAAAUCGACAAGGGCGAGGUGCCCGGAAGAACCUCGACGGACUGGCAGGAAGAGGCGAUAACGAUUCCUGCAUUACCUCCGAGACUCGGAAAAUGCAAAAUAUUAUCGGUGACAUACUCAAUCGAGCUUGAGGUUGAGCAAUCAGUUACCGUAUCCUGCAAUGUUGUUAUCGGCUCAAUUCCCCAAUUAUCUCAAUUAUUAGUAACACAGCUGUUCCGAAAAGCUCCAUUAAAGAUAGCCCACCAAAAUUGGACACGUCGAGUCGUUGAAGAGUUGGGCAAUGAAAUGGAAGCCCUAUUAUCAUCACGAAAGCGGGUUCGAAUGCCGAGCUCCAUACUCAGCGAGCUUUACCCAACAAUGCCAAGUCCAUAUUACAAGGAAUCAUUUUUCGGCCAAUCUGACAUAUCAGAAGAGAAGGAGCAAUCCCAAUAUGGAGAGCAUAUGUUCGCACCAAAAUAUCCAUUCUACACUGAUUAA